AUGAAGUUCUUCGUUUCCCAAGUUUUCAUACUAUCCUUGGCUGUGGAUGCCUUCAUGCCUGCGGCAUCAAAACGCAGGCCACAAAACCACUUUGCAGUCAAAAUUUCAGCAGAAGAAGAUCUCGAGUUGACCCGUCAAGUUAUUGCUCGACAAUUCGGUGACGAAGGUUCUACAACAGUUACACCCCCAACGGAAUCAAGCGGAAGCGACAACAAAUUAUUCAGCCUCACCUUUGAUCGCAAGAGUUCCUACUCGUCGCCUCCACGACCGGAGAAUGAUCUCAUGAUUCGCGCUGCUUUCGGAGAGUCUGUCGAAAAGACACCACUUUGGUUGUUCCGUCAAGCUGGUCGUCAUUUGCCAGAAUACCAAGCAUACAAGGAAGAGACUGGACGCAACUUUGUGGAGCUAUUGGCCUUUCCCGACAGCGUCGCCGAGUGCACACUGCAGCCUCUUCGCCGUUACGAAGUCGAUGCCGCCAUUUUGUUCAGUGAUAUUCUUGUUAUUGCUGAAGCUCUUGGUAUUGAAGUCACGAUGCCGGGCGGCGUUGGAAUUCAAGUUCCAGAACCCCUUACUUCUCCAGACCAAGUUGCAACUCGAAUUCCUAAUAUUGAUGCCAUCUCCGAAGACUUUGUGAAAGAUAAGCUUGGUCACGUUAUGGAAUCUGUACGUUUGAUUCGCAAAAAGAUGGAGGAAGAAAAGAUUGCAAUUCCCUUGAUUGGAUUUUCGGCAGCUCCUUGGACGCUUCUAUUUUACAUGGUUGGUGGAUCUUCCAAAAAGAACAAUGAAAUUGGAAUGCAAUGGUUGAAUGACCACCCGGAAGAAUCCACUACUCUUUUGCAAAUCCUUACAAAGGUCGUCGUCGAAUACAUGUCUGCGCAGGUCGAGAACGGUGCCCACAUGCUCCAAGUGUUCGAGGCGAUGGGAAUGAUGAUUGAUGAAGAAAAAUUUGAAAAAUUUGCCCUUCCAUGUUUGGAAGAAAUAUCAAAAGAGCUAAAGUCUCGAUUCCCAGAUGUUCCACUCAUGGUGUUUAGCCGUGGAGCAAGUUUUGCCAAUGCUAAGCUCGCUGAACUCGAAUAUGAUGUAAUCACCAUUGAUGGAGAUGUUGCCCGGGAUUCAGCUCGCCGAGUGAUUGGAGACAACGUUUCCUUGCAAGGAAACUAUGAUCCCCGCGAAUUGAUCGAGGCAGAGGAUGGAUCCAAGACUCCAGAAACUGUACGACAGACUGCCAGAGAAAUGCUGGAAGCCCUUGGGCCACAAAAAUUGAUUGCAAAUCUCGGAGAGGGACUUGGUGGAAAGGAAAGUACGACUUUGGUUAAGGCAUUUGUUGAUGCCAUCCACGAAGAGAGUGCUGCAAUGAUCAAGGAAGCAUAA